AUGGAAGGUCAUGGGGGGCUUUUGUCCGGAUCGCGUCCACUGGUGGACCGAAACAAUCUCAAUUUCCUGACUUUGAAGCAGCUUUCUCAGGGAGAUCCUACGAUCAAAUUGAUUGACCUGGGCAUUACAUCGCUGUCGCAGGAGGCUAUUGAACCUCUUUUGCCUGUCGAACGACUGUCCCUGCAGAAAAACGCACUAACGAGUUUACCCCAGGGAUUUGAUAGGCUGAAAAAGCUACGAUAUCUUGAUUUGCAUGACAAUAAGUUACAGGAGAUCCCAAGCGCGCUGUUGAACUGUCCGCAGCUCGAGAUCUUGGACCUUUCAAUGAACUCAAUAGAACAUUUGCCCCACGAAUACCCACAAGUAUGGUGCGAGAAUUUGAAAGUAUUGUCGCUAGAAAACAAUAACCUGGCUUCUCUCCGCGAACUGUACCCAGCCGUGAUGUCCCUCCGAAAUUUAAAAAUUCUCGAAAUUGGGGGUAAUCAAAUACCGCAAGAAGAGCUGGAUCAGGUCGAAGCCUUGACGCAAGGUAGCUCACCGUCACGGAGCGAGUCUCCUGGCGAAUACUGGUGUGUCGCCUUGAAAAAAUAUUUCCUCGAGACGAAAUUGAACAGAGCCGCCAAGCGGAUGGGCUUUAUAAACGUUUCGGAAGGUGAGCGUCAGCAAGAUGAACUUUACAACCAUUCGCGGUACAACGAUUAUUUUAAGCGACUUUCAGUACUGCCCGAGGAAACAAAUUCACAACGGGUUACGCAUGACGAGAUUGUGGUGGCUUGUCGCAAACUCCUUUUCAGUUUCACCGAAUGCCAACAGAAUAUUCGCAAAAUAACCUCUUUCUGCGAGGAAAAAGCCGUCGCUAUCCAAUGCAUAUCUCUUCUUUACAGUGUGAGAUCUCAUAUCGACAAUUUAGUCGAAAUUUUGGAGCAGAGCGAUUCGCCCACAACGGCUAAUAACGCGGUUAUGAUCAAGCUAUGUCUGACAAUUGUGCCCGUCUUUAAACAAAUCUUCAGUAUUUUGCGUAAGAAUUACGACUCGUUUUUCCGGGAGAAUGAUAUCAGUUUUGUGAGAGUGUUUUAUAUGAAUCUCCUUUGCUGUUAUUCCGAAAUGUACAACACCUGGAAUCAAUUGGCCCCAGCCGAAGCUUUUUCCAAUAGAAAGAAAAGAAGCAUCAAAAGUCAGAACGUAGUUCUUCCUUUCAAGCAUGGUUUGGCCCGCACUAGAAGUAAUACCAUUCAAAGGUCACAGAAUUCGGCGAGUCAAUCAAACACACGCCCUGCAUCCCCCUCUGCAUCAUAUUCAAACCCUGCGUCUGUUAGUUCGACACCUCCACCAGCCCAGAAUAUAUCUAUGGUCGAAGCGCGGGUUGGAGAUGGUUCUCCUCGUCAAAAAGUAGACACUCACCAAAACUCGCCGCGCCUCGCCAGAAGAGCGCCCGAGAUACAUGCGUUCACAGGAGCAUCAGCGCCCAGCGCCCCACCAAACGCUAUGUCGCAAGCCGACAGCGCAGCUAAUGCCACAGAGGAAUCUCAAGUGCCAGAUCCUGACGUUGAUAAGCAACUUUACCAAACUUUAGGCACCGUUAUAGGCAUGGUCAAUGUGGUAUACUCCCAAUUAACGGCAGCUAUAACUAAAAGCGCCAUUGCAAGCACUAAGAGUGGUGAAUUGUCUAACAUUACCAGUCUAGUCGCUGCAAAAAUAAAAGAUUUGACUGACACAUGCUUUCAAUCGAUGGAACUCUCUAAAACGUUGAAAGAGCGCCUAAUGGAUAUAAGCCGAAGUGGGGAUGAUGUCUUUUCCAGUGUGCUCGAGAAAAGGAAGACUUGGGAAGAUAUAAAUGCAUUUCUGAAAUCAAUUAUAUCAAUUUUGGCCAAUACAAAAAUUAUCAUGAAGGAUCUACCUAUAUUAAGCGAAGUUAGACCUAAUUUAGCAUCGCUUGCCAAGAUAACCAAGGACGUAACCGUCAUUCUAGAGCUUAGCUCAUACAGAACUGUUUCCCAGUCACAGCAACCCUCGCAGACCACUCAAGCUGUUCAGACUCAACAGCCACCACCACCACUACCACAACAGCAGCAAUCGUUACAGCAUACUCCUUUGCCACAACAAGCGCAACAGCAAUCCAACCAAAUGGGCCACGAGCCGCAGAACAGUAAACCUGCCAGUUUCCACUAUCAAUCGACACAGGAAGAACCCCAUGCAUCUGUUCUAGUGACACCGUUGUCCACACCGUCGCUCGUCACCACACAUUCCACAAAUCCGUUCGAUAACUACUGA